AUGUCCACCUCCGAGGCUAUCACCAGGCUCACAUUGGAUCCGGAUAACGCACGUAACACAACUAUUACCUGGGAGGAUAGUACGGUCGCCUACACGGUGCAGACCGAGAUGAGCAAUCAGGGCACCACGAUGCGCAUUUGCAAGGCAGGCGGGUCACCGGUCGCUAUCAUACAGUUCAGGGCCCGGGGCUCUCCUUUCAACCUGGUCUCAGUUGCGCUGGGAGACCAAGAGCCGAUUGCGAUCGGCAAGUGGCUGAGCACCAGCAUGGUGCCCUUCCGGAACCAUGCGUCGUUCAAAGAUGACUCUGGACGGAAGUACAAGUGGAAAGGUACCGGACCUGGAGAGUCGCUUCAGCUGUUCGCCGAGGACGACGACUACAAAGAGUGCAUCGCGCGCUUCUACUAUUCGAGCAAGUCAUGGAAGACAGAUCCCCCUACAACAAUCCCUGCGACACUCACGUUGUUGCCUCGUGCGGAGGAGAUCCACGAUUUGGUGGUCGCUUCCUUCCUGUACUUGGAACGUGAGAGAAGAGUGAAAGAGGCGGCAACCAACAUUCGGGCUGAGGUCAAUGUCAUAGCGGGAAUGCAGGCAUCUAUGUGUAUCAACACGACGUGUUAA